AUGGCUUCAGUACGCGUGGCAGUCAGAGUCCGUCCACUUAACAAAAGAGAACAGCAGUUGUCCGCAAAGGUAGUGACUCGUUUUGAAGGAAACAAUGUGUAUUUGUACAAGGUAAAGUUUAUUCUUCAUCCGGAGAACAUUAUUAGCCACAUAAUCCAGUGGGACAAGAACACAAAAAUCUUUACGUACGACUUUUUGUAUGACUCUGAUGAAAGAAGUCCCUCUUUUGCAUCCCAGGAGAAGAUUUUCAAUGAUCUUGGGCAGGAUGUCUUAAAAGCGGCAUUUGAAGGAUUCAACACCUGUGUUUUUGCCUAUGGCCAAACUGGAUCUGGCAAAUCUUACACCAUGAUGGGUCAUGCAGAACAAAAGGGUUUAAUCCCACAAAUCUGUGUAGGGUUGUUCUCCAAAAUAUCUGACUGCACAAGCGGCAGGGUGUCAUUUCGAACGGAGGUCAGCUUCAUGGAAAUCUACAAUGAACGUGUGCAUGAUCUUCUUAAGAAGAGGACUGCAGCAACAGAGAAUGGAAACCUUAGAGUGAGAGAACACCCCAGGGAUGGACCCUAUGUUGAGAACCUAUCCAAGCAUUUGGUACACAGUUACAGUGAUGUGGAAGAGUUGAUAGCUGCUGGGAACAUCAACCGAAUCACUGUCAGUACUGGGAUGAAUGAUUCCAGCAGCCGCUCGCAUGCCAUCUUCACCAUCAACUUCACUCAGGCAUGGUUUGAUGCAGAGUUGCCACGCGAGAUGCUGAGUAAGAUCCACUUGGUCGACCUGGCUGGCAGUGAGAGGGCAAAUGUCACACAUACUUCAGGCAUCAGACUUAAGGAGGGUGCCAACAUCAACAAAUCCCUUGUUACCUUGGGCAAUGUGAUCUCUGCUCUUGCUGAGCUCAGUGUAGGCCAACCGACAACAAAAAGGGCGACCUUCAUCCCUUACAGGGACUCUGUCCUUACAUGGUUGCUUAAAGACAGCCUUGGAGGAAACUCAAAGACUACUAUGAUUGCAACCAUUUCCCCAGCUGAUUUGAACUAUGGGGAGACUCUGAGCACAUUGCGCUAUGCCAGCCGUGCUCAAAGCAUCAUGAACACCCCUACAGUGAACGAAGACAAGAGUGUGAGCCUGAUCAGGGAACUACAAGCAGAGGUCAUUAGGCUGAAAAGGCUACUUGUAGAAACCAAACAGGUUACUCAUAGAGAGCUGUCUUCCUCGCUCAGGGUAGAAGAGGAGCUGCAUGAAAAUGAAGAAAAGGUUUAUACUCUGACCAAAGAGUGGACCUGCAAAUGGGAGGAGACUCGAGGUAUUAUGCAGGAGGAGCCAGUGGCUCUGAAGAAGAAAGGAAGCGCAGUGGUUUUGGACUGCCGGUACCCCCAUCUGAUAGGCUUGGAUGAAGACUUGCUCAGCACUGGCAUUGUUCUAUAUUAUUUGAAAGAAGGCAGAACCAUGAUAAAUACUAACAAAACAACCCACUGCUUGGAUAUUGAAGACUGUAAACCUGAGUUCGGAGGUGAACAUUGUGUGUUUGAGAACCAUGCUGGUACUGUGACUGUCAUCCCUCACGAGGAUGCAAUGUGUUCAGUUAAUGGUACUGUGAUCACACAUCCUUGUCAGCUGACUCAGGCAGCUGGAAUCGAUCUGAAGCUGCCCUCACAGGUUCUUUGUCACUUGUCUGAGUCAUUUGUAGUUCCAAGAUUAGGAUUUGCCGGAGCCAGCAACGAGGUGGAGACUACCAACUCUCUUCAGCUCAAACAAGAUGCUCCUCGCAGUCUGGGAUCCAGCUCUCCCUCCGUGGAGUCUAGCUUACAGGGACAAUUGAGCUGUGGAGACAAAGAUGGUUUUGGAUCUUUAGAGGACUCUGUAACACAUGCCAGAGUCUAUGUGGAGGCUGCAGUUCAAAGCUCUAGAUUGAGUGUCUUCGUCAAGAAAGAGAUCUUGGGGAUGUCCACCUCACCAGCAAGGAACAGCAAGCCCCACCCAGGGCCCCGCAGGCCCCACGAGGCACCGCCGACGACCCCGCCGGCAGGAGGGCAGUGGCAGCCGCCGCGGCCCAGGGAGGCGGACAGGGCCGGAGACAGGCUAAGGGGACGGAGGUGCAACCCCCCCAACCCACAACCCACCCUCGGGCCAGGAGGGAUGCGCGGUAUGACACCCGGGGGCACCUCCCCGGUAUCUGGUACAAGGAGACGCGGCUCUGGCCGGGCCGUCCCGGGAGGGAACUAUGGCCGCUACACACACACCACCCAACCCCCGCCCGACUCCACCCCAUCCCCGUGGGGGAAAUUCUAA